CGUAAAGGGACAGGCAGGGAAUGACAAGAAGAGCAUCCACCGCCUGACCAAGCUGGCACACGUAGACCAUCAGAGAUCAAAACAUAAACAGAGCAUUCGUCUGUCCUCGUAAAUGUGUCAUGCGCGCAACAGACAGUCAUUAAAUAUCCGGUAAAUCAGGAAUAUUGUUCUGUUGCUCUCUGUAUUGGAGGUUGUCGUCUGACAACGACAAUACAGACUACAGAUAAUAUAUGGGCUAUUGAACUGAGUAAUAUUUAUAUUUCUAGAUAUUAAUGUAGUGCAAUUAUGCAAUUGUAAAAUAGGCUACUGUUGAUAUAAAUACUGAAAUAUGGGUUCUAGAUUAAGCAGACAGAGUAGUCUGGACAAUGAUAAUUUUACGAAAAGGCGUCGCAAGCAUCUUGACAGCACAGGAGAAAGCGACAGAGGUGGAAGUCGAGGCAGCGGCGACUUUCUUUUUACAAUGAUUCUGAAAUCAGACAAACUGCCGGGGAUGCUGCGAAGGUCCAACCACAGUCCCUACGUGAGGCGAGUGGCAUGGAUCCGAGACAUACAAAAGCUGCUCCGUGAUCGCAGGAUAGAUCAGGCAACCGACGUGCUCAAACUAUUGAGGAAGGAUCUGGGCUUGGAAGGCACAUCUCUCAAUGACAUCUUAUAUAAGAACGCUGCUUUUCUCAACCUGGUGGACCCUAUCUCCCAUGAGUUGUUGCUCAGCCUGGCUCGUGAGAUGCAGUGUCCCAAGAAGAAGGAUGCUGACACCAUCAAGUCGUCAGAUAAGAUUUGCAGACAGCUGAUCUACCACCUGACCCCUCACUCCAAGUGGCUCAGACAGAGCAUGUCCAGACGGAAAUCCCAGGCCUGUCUCAAGACAACCCUGCAGAGAAAAGUAUCCACUGACACAGUUGACUUGUCUGGCAUACCUCUCUCCAGUCGAGAUGUUCGCCACGUGGCCUUCUACCUUCAGAACAGUGGGGAUGCAGUGGUGGCUGUGGAUAUCAGUUUCACUGAGCUCCAAGAUGAGAACCUCCGUGUCCUGCUACCGGUCCUGGGGUCUCUGCCCAAACUCAACACCCUGGCCCUCAACGGCAACAGGCUGACCCUGGCCAUAGUCAAAGACUUGACUGAGAUCCUGAAAGACCCGAAGAAGUUCUCCAGCCUGGCUUGGAUUGAUCUGGGCAACAACUUUGACAUUUUCACCAUGCCCCAGCCCCUGUUAGUGGCCCUGCGACGCCGCUGCAGCCUGAAGAGCAGCUUGCCCACCAUCUAUGAGUACACAGAGGGCCAACCCUACUGCUACCACAUGGAGACCUCCAUUGAGGAACCCAGCCACUACGAGGAGGAGGAGGCAGGGGAAGAGGAGGGGGAGGAAGAUGAAGACGAGCUGGAGCCAUGGGCUAUAGGGGGGAAGAAGAUUUCAAAGGACUUCACACUACACUACUGUGAGAGGUGAUGAGUUAAAGUCCCCCUGGCUCGGUUCAGCUGUUUGAAAGGCCUUCCCACAGCUUCAAGUUCCUACCUUUCCCAUGUUGCCCUUUACACCAUGAGCCCAGUCACCCAUUGUGGCACGAGGGAUGUUUAGCGCCACACAUUCCAGAGACCAUCGUUCCAACACAGCCACCAAUGAAUCUCUCACCAUCUAUGAGUUAACCCACACAAGACCACUGCAGUAACUGAUUAUGUUGGUGACUUACUGUGUUGGUGGAUGGUGCUCCUGGGAACGAGGUGUGGUUUCAUUGGAGGUUCGCUAGAAGAAUUUAGGAAAAGGUGCUCUCUCUCUCGCCCUCUUAAAGUAGCAGCUGUGGAGCAAAUCCCAAGGACUUCGGAUCAGACGGCUUGACGGAGGAGCGGCAUAGCGCUGGUGGUCUAAUGAGCUGCUGUUGGUUUGGAAGCAGUAGGUUCUCUACCAGGACUGUCACUGAGACUAUCCCUGGCAGGCAGGGCCUAGCUCCACAUUGUGUGUUCUCUGUUAAUCUCUCAACAAAGGCUAUGAAACAAGUUCAACAGACUAUACAGCCGACGAACCGUCACGUGAUUCUGGCAAAACUGCUAAGUCAAGACUUUUUGCCCCCCCCCCUCCCUUUCGAAAUGUCCACUUGUGAAUACCUACGUAGAUGUAAAUGAUGACACAAAACAGGGCUCUGUUGUGUUUCCACAGGCUAUUUUAGUGCACUGCUGGUGAAUAAAGCCAUCUUCGAAGACAACAGGUAGGACUCAACAAUAGACUGAUUGUUUGCUGUUGUCCAAAACUCUGAGAUUCACCACUGGAUUUUGGAUGUUUUAGUCAUUAUCAUUUUAGAACACAUGUGGGAUGAAUGACAGUGCAGACAAGCCCCCAGGGUGGACUCAUUCAUCUCGUUGUAGUGAGGAACGUACCAAAUGGAAUCACAUACUGACACCCUUUGUACUAAUAUGUCGUUAUUAACAUUUAUAUGUGUGUUUGUUUAUAUGUGUGUUUGUUUAUUGUGGGAGAAACAUGACUGUUACAUAUCAGUUGUAGGCUAUUACCAGGGCUGAUAAUCAGCGGGGUGGGCUGAGUGUAGUGCUGGAUAGUGGUGGUCUAUGAAAUAGCACAUAAUAGUUCAGUUGGGUUUACCAACUACAGCUGAGCUCCAUGCUGUAUUGCACUUUAAGAAAGGUGAGAAAUGGAUUUGACUUCAGAUCCAUUUCAUUCUCUCAUUGAUGCAUAAAGCUUUUUACCAAUUCAUCCUAAUAUCAAUAUUGAUUUUUCACAAUGAUAUUUCAGAAGCUUAACCACACUGACACCAUAAUGUACAUAAAGGUCAUUCAGCAAACUGCUAUUAAUAGAGUCAAUGCAUUAACAAUAAUUUAAUAACUGGAUGUAAUAUACUGGUAUCAUCUGAUUGAAUAUGUGUGAGGGUGUUUAAUGUGUGUUUGCUGUUGUAUAAUGUCUGAUAGCUGUUGUAACUGUUUGUAUUAUUAAUCGUAGUUAUUUCAUUGUGAAAAUGAGCACUCUAACCUCUGCUGGAACAAUUAGGGGACACACAAGGGCAAGGUAUUAAUAAACUAAUGACAUACCGCUAGCAACAAAUGUUCCCCAUUUCACUGACAUUAAAUGUACACUGACAUGUAGCACAGGAAAUCACUUUUCAUGUACAAUAUGUGUAUGUUUAAAAAAUAUCAAAGGUGUUGUAAUGGUUUUAUGGGACUAUGGUAGGAAAAUACUUUGCUCACACUGUAUAUGUUAGCAUUGUGUGUCAUUGUUAUACUAUUUGUCAACUCUGGGUCAUUGUAUCUGUAUGUGGUGCCAUACUUAGAAUGACAUUUUACUGCCAAUAAAAACAGUGACUCUAAGCAACUGUUUGCAGGAUGAAGUGUAACAGAAAGAGAAGAGUAAAGAUUGGCAUAAGGUUGGCACAAGAGUUAAGUUUAAUUUCUAUGUUAAAGUCAUGAUUGAGUGUUUGAGUGGGGGUGCAGGUGAUUUAAUAAUGACACUGCUAGCAACAAAUGUGAUGAGUUAAUUGUUUGUCUCUUUGGGUUGUUUUGACUCGUCUGCCGCUGUCAUUGGCACAAACAGCAGGAGGAAGUGUAGAAGUGUCUGUAAACAACAAAACAGCUAUGCAAUCACUUGAGAGGUGAUUGAUGUGGGUGGCUAGGCUAGAGUUUUUGGGGUUGAGGGUGUACUGUGUGUCUGUGUGCCAGUGGAGUGGUUUGUCUGCGUUGUUGCAUCCCAUUAGUAAAAACCUUAAGCUCCCAUCAUGCACCAGGGCAACACAGUGGCAGGGAUAGGGUGGCAGUCACAAGGUCUUGUCCCUGGUCCUCUCCUCCCCGGCCUUUUGUUCCUGCCACCACAGAUGGUAAUGUGGCAUUUCCACCAGGUGGCUCCCAUAAGGUCACAGCACAGUGUGACUGUCACACCUCCCAGGUCGCAAAUGCCAUGUUCUAUCUGGGUCAGACAUACACACUGUAACAGUCAAGGAUUGCCCACACCACAUCUUGUAGAUUGGGUCUUGCUUACAGAGCAAGUCAAACAUCAUACAUGUGAAAGUCUUAGUUCGCUUGUUUGCAAAUACUUUAAGACAUGAGCAGAUUUGCUGUAUCUACUAUGUUCACAGUGCUCAUGACUAAAGGCUUCCUGGGUAUUCUUUUAAAAGGGAAUCACAAAAUGUAUUUAAAGGUCAUAAAAUACAUUGUGCUGUAUCCCCUUCCUUUGUCCAGUGAAUAGUUAGCACUGAUCUGAAAUUCAAAGAUGAUCGUUACCAUCCUUCUUGUCUGAUAGAGCAAUACUGUUUGCAUAAUGACUUAGGAGGAAGCACACUUGAAUAGGUUGUAGAAUUAAGCCUGCUUCUGCUAAAUCAAGGGGAGGAUCAUUUUGUGUGAUGCUUUAUUUUCUGUUUAAUAGCUACACUCCCUGACCAAAAGUAUGUGGACACAGCUCAUCGAACAUCUCCUUCCAAAAUCAUGGGCAUUAAUAUGGGGUUGAUUCAUCUCAAAUGUGUUUGAUGGGGUUGAGGUCAGGACUCUGUGCAGGCCAGUCGAGUUCUUCCAUACCAUCUCGACAAAUCCUUUCUGUAUGGACCUCGCUUUAAGCACGGGGGCAUUGUCAUGCUGAAACAGGAAAGGGCCUUCCCCAAACUAUUACCACAAAGUUGGAAGCACAGAAUCAUCUAAAAUGUCACUAUGCUGUAGUGUUAAGAUUUCCCUUCACUGGAACUAAGGGGCCUAGCCGGACCAGGACAGAAGAUUUUUGCACGAUACACGAUUCAGCACUCGCCGGUCCUGUUCUGUGAGCUUGUGUGGCCUACCACUUCGCGGCUGAGCCAUUCUUGCUCCUAGACAUUUACACUUCACAAUAACAGCACUUAGAGUUGAC